UACAGUAAGGUAAAAAGUUGAUGAAGCCACGUGAGUUGCGUGCUCCGUUCUGACACUAAACAAACUUCAAUUGCCACCCUCUCUUUCUUACAUGCGAUAGCUUCAUAGCUAUGGCGCUUAAACUUCUUCUUCUACUUUCUUUACCUGUAAAUGUGAUUUCUUUUUCAUUUCCUGCUGUUAAGUUUUCCUCUUUCUCUCUGUAACGAAAAUGGCGUCUGUUUUGGUAAUGUUGCUUGUGUUGUUUUGUGCUGCUUUUGCAACUUGCAAUGUUAUUGCCGAGGUAAACCCAGAAAGAGAAGCUCUGGUUUCUUUCAAAAACUCUCUUGAAAAUCCUCGAGUGCUUUACUCAUGGAAUGAAACGACCCCGCAUUGCAACUGGGUUGGAGUAACUUGCGAACUCGAUCGAGUCGUCUCACUCUCUCUUUCUGCUCUUCUGCUUGAAGGUCGUCUCUCUCCUUCGCUCUUCGCGUUAACCAGUCUGACGGUUCUUGACCUCUCUUCGAACUGUUUCUAUGAAAAAAUCCCUCCACGGAUAUCGAGCCUAAAGCGGCUUAAACAGCUGUCGCUCGGUGAAAAUCAAUUGUCAGGUUCUGUCCCCAGUGAACUUGGUGAGUUGAAUCAGCUUGAAACCCUUGAACUCGGCCUAAAUUAUUUUUCCGGGAAAAUCCCACCUGAGCUUGGGAAACUGAAACGGCUAAAAACCCUCGAUUUGUCCACAAAUGCAUUGACUGGGAACAUACCGAGUCAACUCGGCGAGUUGACUCAACUGCAGUUUUUGGACUUGGGUAAUAAUCUUCUCUCAGGUUCUCUCCCUGUAACUCUCUUAAAAAAUUUACAGUCUUUGGUUUCUCUAGAUGUUUCAAAUAACUCCCUGUCUGGUUAUAUUCCUCCUGAAAUUGGGAACUUGAAAAACCUCACUGAUCUUUACCUUGGUGUAAACCUUUUUACUGGACAGUUACCAGCAGAAAUUGGCCAACUUUCACUUCUUGAAACCCUUUUUUCACCUUCUUGUUCAAUAACAGGACCUUUACCCGAAGAGCUGUCCAGGUUGAAGUCUUUAAGUAAACUUGAUCUUUCAUACAACCCAUUGAAAUGUCAAAUCCCAAAAUCUAUUGGGAAAUUGCAGAAUUUGAGUAUACUUAACCUUGUUUAUACUGAGCUGAAUGGUUCUAUACCAGUCGAGCUUGGCAACUGCAAGAAUUUGAAGACUUUGAUGCUUUCUUUUAAUUCAUUAACCGGGUAUUUGCCUGAGGAGCUUUCAGAGCUUCCGAUCUUAACAUUUUCUGCUGAAAAAAAUGAGCUUUCUGGGCUAUUGCCUUCUUGGCUUGGGAAGUGGAAGGAAGUGGAUUCUCUUUUGCUCUCCAGCAAUCGGCUUAUAGGCAAAAUCCCACCUGAGCUUGGAAAUUGUUCCAUGUUGAAGCACCUCAGUUUAAGCAAUAACUUUCUGACUGGUUCAAUACCGAGAGAAUUGUGUAAUUCAGAGUCCCUUGUGGAAAUUGAUCUGGAUGGGAAUUUUCUUUCAGGGACGAUUGAAGAUGUUUUUGUCAGGUGUACUAACCUCACCCAGUUGGUUUUGGUUAGUAAUAAAAUUAAGGGUUCCAUACCUGAAUAUCUAUCUAAGCUUCCAUUGAUGGUUCUUGAUCUUGAUUCUAACAAUUUCACUGGCGUUUUACCGGUGAGUCUGUGGAAUUCAAUGAGUUUGAUGGAGUUUUCUGCAGCAAAUAAUAUGUUAGAGGGUUCUCUUCCUGCCGAGAUUGGUAAUGCAGUUACAUUGGAGAGGCUUGUUCUUAGUAACAACAUGUUGAAGGGGCUUAUACCAAAGGAGAUCAGAAAUCUCACAGGUCUUUCUUUUCUGAAUUUGAACUCGAAUUUCUUUGAAGGGAGCAUUCCUGAUGAGCUUGGGGACUGCAUUGCACUUACCACAUUGGAUCUGGGAAACAAUAAUUUCAGUGGUUCUAUUCCUGAACGGAUUGCAGACUUGGCCCAGUUACAGUGCUUGGUUCUUGCGCACAAUAGUCUAUCCGGCUCAAUUCCUUCAAAGGUGUCUUCAUAUUUUCGUCAGACUAGCAUGCCUGAUUUAAGCUUCAUCCAGCACCAUGGAGUAUUUGACUUGUCGAAUAAUAGGUUGUCUGGUUUAAUUCCUGAAGAGCUUGGGAAUUGCAUUGUGGUGGUGGAUCUUUUGCUCAAUAAUAAUAUGCUCUCUGGUGAGAUUCCAGGAUCACUUUCUCGACUAACAAAUCUUACAACCUUGGAUUUGUCUGGGAAUCUUUUAACAGGUUCCAUUCCACCUGAAUUUGGUGACUCCCUUAAGCUGCAAGGGUUGUAUUUGGCGAAUAACCAGCUUACAGGCUCCAUCCCUGGUAGCUUAGGUCGUUUGGGUAGUUUGGUAAAACUAAAUUUGACUGGCAAUAAGUUGUCCGGUUCAAUUCCAACUGGAUUUGGUAACUUGACAGGGCUUACUCACUUGGAUUUAAGUUACAACAAACUUGAUGGUGAGCUCCCUGCAUCACUGCCACAGAUGCAGAACCUUGUGGGGCUUUAUGUUCAGCAGAAUAGUCUUUCUGGCCCGCUUGAUGGGCUCUUCUCGAAUUCAAUAAUGGCUUGGAGGAUUGAAACAAUGAACUUGAGUAAUAAUUUCUUUGAUGGCACCCUGCCACGGUCUGUGGGCAACCUUUCCUACCUAAUGAAUUUGGAUCUUCAUGAAAAUAAGUUUACAGGAGAGAUUCCUCCGGAGCUUGGUAACCUGAUGCAACUGGAAUACUUUGAUGUUUCAAGGAACAAGCUAUCCGGGCAGAUUCCGGAGAAGAUGUGCCAUUUGCUUAAUCUGCAAUACCUGAAUUUAGCAGACAAUAGAUUGGAAGGGAUGGUUCCUAGAAGUGGUAUUUGCCAAAACCUAUCAAAAAUUGCUCUUGCUGGGAACAAAGAUCUUUGCGGGAGUGUCAUAGGUUUAGAUUGCAAGAUCAAAACCCUUGAUAAAUCAGCGCUAUUAAAUGCUUGGGGACUUGCUGGAAUUGUGGUCGGAAGUGCAUUGAUCAUUUUAACUGUAGUAUAUGCUCUGCGGAAAUGGAUUAGAAGAAACUGCAGGCAAAAUGAUCCUGAGGAUAUUGAGGAAAGCAAGCUAAAUUGUUUCAUAGAUCAAGAUCUCUAUUUGUUGAGUAGCAGUAGAUCCAAGGAGCCUUUGAGCAUCAAUAUUGCUACAUUUGAGCAGCCUCUUCUGAAAUUAACUUUGGUUGAUAUUCUUGAAGCCACGAACAACUUCUGCAAGACAAACAUAAUUGGAGACGGUGGUUUUGGAACCGUAUACAAAGCCACUUUGCCCGAUGAGAAAAAUGUUGCAGUUAAGAAGUUAAGCCAGGCUAAAACACAGGGUAACCGAGAAUUCGUUGCUGAAAUGGAAACCUUGGGCAAAGUGAAACACCAAAAUCUUGUGCCAUUGCUAGGAUACUGCUCAUAUGGUGAGGAGAAGGUCCUUGUUUAUGAAUACAUGGUAAAUGGGAGCUUGGAUCUUUGGCUAAGGAACCGGACUGGAGCUCUAGAAGUACUCGAUUGGCCGAAACGUUACAAAAUCGCAUGCGGUGCUGCUCAAGGGCUAGCUUUUCUUCACCAUGGUUUCAUCCCCCACAUCAUCCACCGGGAUAUUAAAGCCAGCAACAUCUUGCUUAAUGAAGACUUUGAGGCAAAAGUUGCUGACUUUGGGCUAGCAAGAUUGAUAAGUGCUUGUGAAACCCAUGUCAGCACCGACAUUGCUGGAACAUUUGGUUACAUUCCUCCCGAGUAUGGACAGAGUGGAAGAUCAACAACACGAGGAGAUGUUUAUAGCUUUGGAGUGAUACUGCUUGAGUUGGUGACUGGGAAAGAGCCAACUGGGCCUGACUUCAAAGAGAAAGAAGGCGGCAAUUUGGUCGGAUGGGUGCUUCAGAAGAUGAAGAAAGGGCAGGCUGCUGAUGUUCUGGAUCCUACCAUCCUCAAUGCAGAUUCAAAGCCAAUGAUGCUUCAAGUGCUGCAGAUUGCUGCUGUAUGCCUCUCUGAGAAUCCUGCUAAUAGGCCAACCAUGCUUCAAGCAUUGAAGUUCCUGAAAGCAAUCAAAGAUGACUGAGUAGAGUUUGUUUGUGUUAUUGGGAUUUGGAGAUUAACAGAAUUAUAAUGUUAUAAUGACUGUAAAGCUUUUAGUUAAGUGUUCCUCCUUGCUAAUCUAAAUCACAAUUUAGCCUAAAAUUCAUGUUUAUUUUCUAGUUUCGUGAUUGCCCUCUUAGUAAGCUUGAACUUUGUGUUCAGCUUGUUUAAGGCUUUAGAGAUCCAUCGGUGAUCAAAAUUGCUAGAGGAAAGCCUUCCAAGUGCAAUGUUUCUUAGAAUGAGAUUGGGCCUUGACCCGGACCGGGGGCUGUUAUAAUAUUAUAGUUAGAGUUGAAUCGAA